GCUGAACCUUAAGGUUGGGCAAGUGGAGGAAGUGGAGUGGCCACACUGUGUGCCCGGGAGCGUGCAGAUCUCUGGUCGCGGGCAGAGUGGAACUGUACCAUUUCUCUCCAAUAACUUAAACAUUGGAAAUGCUUCCGUUAAUUGGGAAAACAAUCAACUUUGAUAACUUUCCUGAUCCUUCUGAUACAUGGGAAAUCACUGAAACCAUCGGCAAAGGAACAUACGGGAAGGUUUUUAAGGUCCUGAAUAAGAAAAAUGGUCAAAAAGCAGCAGUCAAAAUCCUGGAUCCAGUCCACGAUAUUGAUGAAGAGAUUGAGGCAGAGUAUAACAUCUUAAGAACACUUUCUGAACACCCGAAUGUGGUCAGAUUCUAUGGGAUUUACUUCAAGAAGGACAAAAUAAAUGGAGAUAAGUUAUGGCUGGUCCUUGAGCUGUGCAAUGGGGGAUCAGUGACUGAUCUUGUGAAAGGAUUUCUGAAGAGGGGAGAAAGAAUGAGUGAGCCUAUAAUUGCAUAUAUUUUACAUGAAGCACUAAUGGGACUUCAGCAUCUGCAUAGCAACAAAACUAUCCACCGUGAUAUCAAAGGAAAUAACAUUCUGCUGACUACUGAAGGUGGAGUAAAACUUGUAGAUUUUGGUGUGUCAGCACAGCUUAGCAGUACUCGGCACUACCUGAAUACCUCCGUAGGAACACCUUUUUGGAUGGCUCCUGAGGUGAUUGCAUGUGAGCAGCAAUUAGAUACCACUUAUGAUGCUCGGUGUGAUACGUGGUCCCUGGGCAUCACAGCUAUUGAGCUUGGUGAUGGAGAUCCCCCACUAGCUGAGCUGCAUCCCAUGAGAGCUCUCUUCAAAAUACCAAGGAACCCACCCCCUAAACUAAGGCAGCCUGAACUAUGGUCAGCAGAGUUCAAUGACUUCAUUAGCAAAUGCUUGACCAAAGAUUAUGAAAAGCGUCCAACAGUGUCGGAUCUUUUGAAGCAUAAAUUCAUUACUCAGAUCAAGGGCAAAGAUGUGAUGCUACAAAAACAACUAAUGGAAUUCAUUGAUGUCCAUCAGUCCUUGGGAAACACAGAGAAGGCAAGACAUGAACGUAUUCAUACCAAGAAAGGUAACUUAAAUAGAUCUCCCAUUUCCAUUGUGAAGGAUGUAGAUGACUUAGCAACGCUAGAUGUUUUGGAUGAGAACACAGUGUCUGAGCACCUCGAGAAGUGUUAUUCCAGAAAUCAGAUCUACAUCUAUGUGGGAGAUAUACUCAUUGCACUUAACCCUUUUCAGAGUCUGGGUCUUUAUUCCACAAAGUUUUCUAAGUUGUAUAUUGGAGCAAAGAGAACUGCCCACCCACCUCACAUUUUUGCGAUGGCUGAUCUGGGAUACCAGUGUAUGAUCACAUAUAACUCAGACCAGUGUAUUGUUAUUUCUGGAGAGAGCGGUGCUGGGAAGACAGAGAGUGCUCAUCUUCUGGUUCAACACCUCACUGUACUUGGAAAGGCUAAUAACAGAACCCUGCAAGAGAAGAUUUUACAAGUGAACAAUUUGGUUGAAGCCUUUGGCAAUGCCUGCACCAUUAUAAAUGACAAUUCCAGCAGAUUUGGAAAAUAUUUAGAAAUGAAAUUUACCUCUUCUGGAGCUGUAGUAGGAGCACAGAUUUCUGAAUACCUUCUAGAAAAAUCCCGUGUCAUUCACCAAGCAAUUGGAGAAAAAAAUUUUCAUAUUUUUUACUACAUUUAUGCUGGGCUAGCAGAGAAGAAGAAACUAGCCCUUUACAAAUUACCUGAAAAUAAGCCACCCAGGUACUUACAAAAUGACCACCUCAGAACAGUGCAGGAUAUGAUGAACAAUAGUUUCUAUAAAUCCCAGUAUGAACUAAUUGAACAAUGUUUCAAAGUCAUCGGUUUUACAAUGGAGCAACUUGGAAGUGUGUAUAGUGUGCUCGCUGCAAUCUUGAAUGUUGGAAACAUUGAAUUCUCCUCUGUGGCAACUGAGUACCAGAUGGACAAGAGCUACAUCUGCAAUCAUGCAGCUCUGGAGAACUCAGCAUCUUUGCUUUGCAUUCAGGCAGAUGAGCUACAGGAAGCUCUUACCUCCCACUGUGUGGUCACUAGAGGAGAAACAAUUAUCCGACCUAACACAGUAGAAAAAGCUACUGAUGUCCGAGAUGCCAUGUCUAAAACUUUAUAUGGACGCCUCUUUAGCUGGAUAGUCAAUUGUAUUAACAGCUUGCUUAAACAUGACACAUCACCAAGUGGGGAUGAGGAGCUAAGCAUCGGCAUUCUUGAUAUUUUCGGCUUUGAAAAUUUCAAAAAGAAUUCCUUUGAGCAGCUGUGCAUUAACAUUGCAAAUGAACAGAUCCAGUAUUAUUUUAAUCAGCACGUGUUUGCAUGGGAGCAGAAUGAGUAUCUAAAGGAAGACGUGGAUGCUAGAGUUAUUGAAUAUGAAGACAACCAACCCCUCUUAGACAUGUUUCUACAGAAGCCAAUGGGCUUAUUGUCCCUGCUUGAUGAGGAAAGCAGAUUUCCCAAUGCCACUGACCAGACUCUCAUAGAGAAGUUUGAAGACAACCUGAAGUCACAGUAUUUCUGGAGACCCAAAAGAAUGGAGCUUAGCUUUGGCAUCCAUCACUAUGCAGGAAAAAAGCAUUCAUAUACUGGUUGGAACACAGCCGCACACCAGUCCAACCUGAGAUAUGUUGUCUUAAACCCAACUGGCAUGCUCCCUUCUGUGGACAAUAAUGGAUCAUCGCCUCAGAACUGUGCCAUAAUUGUUGAGGUCCUCUACAGCGCUAGUGGGUUCUUGGCAAAAAACAGAGACACGCUCCCGACUGACAUUGUGUUACUUUUGAGGUCAUCAGAAAACAGUGUAAUUCGGCAGCUUGUCAGCCACCCUCUGACCAAAACAGGUAAUCUGCCACUUUCUAAAACUAAAAAUAUAAUAAACUAUCAGAUGAGGAAUCCAGAAAAAUCCACAAACUUGACCAAGGAUGAAACUAGAGACAUCACACGCCAUGCCUGUGAAACCACCAACAUGAAAACGCAAACGGUUGCAUCAUAUUUUAAGUAUUCCUUGAUGGAUUUGUUAUCUAAAAUGGUGGUGGACCAACCUCAUUUUGUGCGUUGCAUCAAGCCAAAUAAUGAGAGACAAGCAAGAAAAUACGACAAAGAGAAAGUUCUGCUACAGCUGCAUUGCACAGGGAUUUUGGAAACAGCCAGAAUUCGAAAGCUCGGUUACUCUCAUCGGAUACUGUUUGCUAACUUUAUAAGGAGGUAUUAUGUUCUCUGCUACAAGUCCAGUGAAGAACCCCCAGUGAGCCCAGACACAUGCGCUACCAUUUUGGAAAAGGCUGGUCUUGAUAAUUGGGCUCUUGGAAAAACAAAAGUGUUCCUUAAAUAUUAUCAUGUGGAACAGUUGAAUCUAAUGCGAAAGGAAGCCAUUGACAAGCUUGUUUUGAUUCAAGCCGGUGUCAGAGCAUUCUUGGGUUCAAGAAGAUACCAAAAGCUACAGCAGAAGAGGAAAGACAGUGCUGUAAUAAUACAGUCAGCUGCAAGAAGACAUCUCAUGAGAAAACAAGGCAAAGAAACUGCUAAAGUGAAAAACACAGCAGUGAGGAACAUUCAGGCUAAUGACCCGGAAUUUUACUACAAGAAAAACUUUGAAACUAAAAGGGAAUCUUUUAUGAUGAAACAGACAGAAAAGGCAGCGUCUACUAAUGAAUCCAACAUUUCCACUCCAAACAACAAAGACAGCCUAUCUGCGGGAAGGACAGCUCACUGUAAAGCUGAUGGGAAAGCCACCAAUGUUGAGAGUAACAGCAGAAGACAUCAGACUCAGAAGAAAGUAAGCAAUGUGUACGGGGGAGAGCUGUGUGUUGGGGGGGACCCUUGGGUAGAAGCAAACCCCAGGCAGAAGUGUGUGCAAGGCCUGGAAGAAAGCAGGAAGAUCAGGCAAAAGGAGAAGGGGGUCACUGCGAUGCAAACUUACUGUCAGUGGUACACAGAGGGGAGGAACUUUGAAGGAUCAAAAGCAACAUGUCUAGAAGGGAGAGAGACGUGGGAAAAGCCAAGCUGCCCAGGACGGUGGCUAACUGAGGAGAUUUACCUGAGAAAAACUUUGGAUCCUAGUCUUAGUCAAAGGUCAGUCUAUCAAAAUGCAGACAACAAAGAAAAAGAAAAUAAGACAUCUGUGGUUACCCAGAAUGCAUCACUGUAUAACCUGGAGAGAGACAAUCACCUGCAUGGGUUCCUCGGAGAAAAAGACACUGGACCAGUAGAGCAGGCCAGGGAGGAAAAUAAGGCUACCCUGUUCAUCCAGAGCAAAUACCAGGAAUCUAAGCAAAAGCAACGGUUGGGGGAGGACAGACUGUCACCAUCCUUUAAGAAUCAAAAGAUCACCUCAUCACCCACAGAAGUAUCAAGAAACAUUCACAGUGUUUAUUCCUGUGCUACAAAGCAUGAGGGGAGCCAUCCUACCAGGGUGACAAAUGACAGAGACUCAAAGGUGGCUUCAAAAAAAGAAACCUGUGAUGUGGCAACGUUUUCUAGACAGAUAUCAAAAUUAUCUGAAGAAUACUUCAUUCUGCAGAAAAACUUGAAUGAAAUGAUUUUGUCACAGCAACUGAAGCCACUUUACCUCGGCAUCUAUCGACAUAAACCAAUCAAUAGAUGUAUGCCUACGCAUCGGUACCUCUCAGGUGUCUCUAAAGAAGAACCAAAGAUAUUGAGACCUCCAAGACGACCCCGAAAACCCAAAACAUUAAAUAACCCUGAAGAUUCUACAUACUACUAUCUACUCCAUAAGUCAAUCCAAGAAGAAAAAUGGAGACCAAGAAAAAACAGUCAAGGAAAAUUACUAGGUUUGGAAGAUUCCUAUUAUAAGGAAUUUUUGCCCACUCAUUCUGGACCAAAGGAGCAUAGCUCUAAUGUGAAAGAAUGGAGACCACAGAAGGAACUCCAGGAUCAAUGCAUGGAGGCUAAUGAAAGGUGCUGGACUGCCCAGGGGAGCGAGGAGAUCUCAGCCAACCCCUAUGACUACAGAAGGCUCCUGAGAAAGACCUCCCAGCGCCAGCGCCUGCUGCAGCAGCUUUAAGCACACCCGUGGAGCUUCAGAGGGUGCUGGACCCAGAGAUACACCAGGACCAAAGCUGCAGUGUUGCACCCUCUCAAAUGUGAACCCUCAGAACCCUGAAGCCUCUGGUGGCCUGCUAACUCUGUUCUCUCUCACAUACUAGGGCCUCCUUGAGGCCCAAAGAAUCUGAAGCCCUUUGGGGAGUUCCAGAUACUGGACCCCCAGACUUCUCCCACAUGCCCAUUGCCCCCAUUGCCCUAAUGUACCAGUUACUCUGCUGCUUGUGAGUCAGGGUACCCACUGUGCCUGAGCUGUCACCACCCCUUUGCUGAUUUUUAAAUGAAUUAAGAGAUUUCUUCUUGACCAAAGGACAGCCACUCUUCUAUGCCAGAACAAAGGCAAGGUGGCGGUGGAAAGAACUCUGAAGGUGAACUCAUCUCAAACUUGGGUUUUCUCCUCUCUUGAUUGUUAAUACUGCUAAAUAAAGUAACCAUCCUGGCAA